CCUAUUCCCCCGUCUCCCCCCCGAACCCCCGGCCCCCCCCGGCUCCCUCCCCGGCUCCUGCGGGCGGGGGCUGCGAACGGCUCCGCCCCGGCGGCCGCCCGGCUCCUGCCGCACGCUCGGAGCCGCCUCAGCCCCUGCCGGCGGUGGAAGAUGGCGGAGCCGGGGCCGGACUGCGGCGCCCUGCUCGACGAGGCGCUCUCCUCCUUCGUCUUCAACUACCUCGCCGACAGCCAGUAUGAGGUGUCCGGUGAGGAGCACCUCUACUCCGACUUCCCCGAGAUUGAUUUGUCCCAGCUGGAUGCCAGCGACUUGGACUCGGCCGGCUGCUUCAGUGAGCUGCAGUGGUGCGCGGAGCACUCUGAGACCGAGUCCAGCCAGUACAGCACCGACGACUCCGAGCUCUUCCAGAUAAUAGACAGUGAGAAUGAAGCGCUGCUGGCGGCCCUCACCGAGACUUUGGAUGAUAUUCAGGGAGCUGACGUGGGCCUGGCUGCCUUCCGAGCUCUGGAAGAGGGGGACACGCUCAACCAUGCCUACACCUCGCCUGCCCCUUCCCCCAAACCUGCCGUCCCGGUCUCGGGGGGGCCGCCCCCGGCCCCCGAGGUUGAUGAGCUGUCUCUACUGAAGAAGUUGCUCCUCUCUCCAUCGCACGCGCCUCCCAGCUGCGAGGCUCAGAGAGACGGGAGCGCCCGGCGCCCGGGGACCCCUAAGUCUCGACCCUCGAGGCCCUGCACAAAGGUGGAGGCUCCCCGGGACCGGAGGGCGAGCGUCCCGCAGGCGCAGAGCCGCAGCUGCACUGAGCUGCACCGGCACCUCACCUCAGCGGCACCCUGCGCCCAGACCUCAGCCCCCCGCGCGCCGGAGGAGUGCCCCAGCGGCCGCCACCACCCUGCCACGGGCGACUGCGCCCACCAUGAGGAUGACAGCGACUCCAGCGAGGACUCGCUGAGCUCCGGUGACGUGGUGACCUCCCCUUCCUCGGCGGAGGACAGCGCCAGCAGCCGGUUCUCCUGCGACGGGGAGAUGCACACGGUGGUGGAGCUCAUCCGCUACAUGCACACCUACUGCCUGCCGCCGUGGAAGCUGCCCGCCCGCGACGCCACUGACGCCAAGCCCCAGCCCUGCAGCAGCCCCUUCAAGAGAGCCAAACCGGACUGUCCCCCGCAGCCGGGACACCCUGGUGGUGCCGAGAGCCGACCGGGCUGUGCCUGGCAGGCGGCCGGGGGCUGCAAGAAGCCCGCAGCAUCCUUCUCCAUCCUGAAGGAGCUGCUGGCACGGGACCUGCUGUGUGAUGUGAGCAAGCCCUACCGCCUGGGCAAGCCCGUGUAUGCCUCCCUUGCCCGGCUGCCCACUGCCAGCUGCCCCGCCAUGCUGGUCCAGGAUGGGGCGGACACUGGUGGGACCUCCAAAUCCAGAGCCAAAGUGGUGCCAGAGAAAGCGGAGCCAAGGCAGAGCCUCGGGGCUGAGGCGGAGGCUCCACGGGAACCUGGCAGUUUGGAGGAGGAGGCUGGGAAGUGCGUGGGCGCCCCAGCUGUGUCCACAGGGAAGGCAGCCCGGCGGCCGGAGAGUACCGUUUACGCUGUCCGCCGGUCCAAGAGACUCAAUCCCGAGCUGGGCCACUGGCUCUCCUUCCUCGACGAGCCGCCCCUAGAGCCCUCUGUGCCCCAGGAGGCCCCGGCCUCCAGGGAGUCCACGCUGUGCCCGUUGCUGGAGGCCUUCUCCGCUGAGGAGCCCGCGGCCGAAGUGGAGGUGGGCGGCACGGAGGAGGGAGACGGCGGGUGCGUGGCACCGCUGACAGAGCCUCAGCCCCUCGUCCUGGCAUCCCCAGGGGGCAGCGAGUUGGGCGAGGGUGCUGAGAGCCAGCACUGUGCCCCCCGGCAGCAAGCAGAAACACUGCGGUGUCUCACGCUGUCCUUGGCGCAAACUGACCCGACCUUUGGGAAGAGAAACUUUGAGCCAAUGCUGACCGUGGAGCUGUGUGGGACAGCAGGUCUCACGCCGCCCACCACUCCGCCGUACAAGCCCGCCGAGGAGGACCUGUACAAGCCAGACAUCCCCCAGGAGGCAGGCAAGGAGGACAGCACGGCCCCCAGCCCUGGGGCUGGGAGCACAGGGGACACAGGAGCCUCCCAGAAAGCCCCAAAGAAGCACCCCGAGAGGACAGAGCUCUUGGCCCAUCUGAGCCGUGCUGCCGAGCAGCCGGGCGUGCUCAAGCGGCCCUUCUCAUGCUCAUUCGGGGACCAUGACUACUGCCAGGUGCUGAAGCCGGAGGCCACCCUGCAGAGGAAGGUGCUCAAGUCCUGGGAGCCCCCAGGCCAGAUGGAGAUGGAGCACAAGAGGAGGGUCCCGGACGCGCACUACCAGGGGCUGGACCUUGGCGGCAAGGAGGCGGGCGGCAAGAUGGUGUGGAAGGACGGCGUCAAGCAGCUGCGAGACCAGGAGAUCAGAGCCAGCUUAACGAAGCACUUUGGCUUCCUGGACAGUGCUCUCGAUAACGAGGACAUGGCCUUCUGCAAGACCCCCGAGUACGACACCGUCUUUGACGACAGCUGCAGCGAGAGCGGCUCGCCGGCAGAGGAGGAGGAGGAGGAAGACGAGGAGGAGGAAGAGCACUGCGACAGCCCAUUGGACGCCAAGCUGUGCCUGCGGAGAAACCCCCUUUCCAGGACCAGUUUGCAUUACUGUUCCCGGAGCAGGUCCAGCUCGGGGUCUUCGUGCUGCCGGUCCCGAUCCCCCACCAGCAGACGCACCUUCAGGUGUGAGAACGGCGAGCAGUGUCAAGGUGGCAGCGGGAGCCGGGGCCAGCUGGAGAAGAAACGGGAAAAGGCCAUCGGGGAAGGCCGGGUGGUGUACAUCAGGAACCUCUCCAGCAACAUGAGCUCCAGCGAGCUGAAGAAACGCUUUGAGGUGUUUGGUGAGAUCGUGGAAUGCCAGGUCCUGUCCAGGACUAACAGGGGGGAUAAAUACGGCUUCAUUACCUACCGGUAUUCAGAGCAUGCCGCCUUAUCUCUGAAGAACGGCACCUCGCUAAGGAAGAGGAACGAGCCUUCCUUCCAGCUCAGCUCUGGUGGCCUCGGGCACUUCUUCUGGACCAGAUACGCUGACUUGGAUUGCAGCGUGGAGGAGUCCUCCCCGGCACCGGUGAAAAGCAAGUACGAGACCAUGGAUUUUGACAGCUUGCUGCAGGAGGCCCAGCUCAGCCUGCAUCGGUAACAGCCUUAACCCUGGAGGAAUACCUCAAUACCUCAGUCAAGGCACUUCCAAUAUGUUUACGUUUUCAAAGAAAUUAUUCAGUCUAUGACAAGCGAGAGAGAGCGAGAGAGCGAGAGCACGCACGCGCGAGAGAGAGACUGCUGUCCCUUUCAAUCGAUGUUUACAUUGAACAAAGCUGCUUCUGUCUGUGAGUCCCCAUGGUGUUGAUGUCUCACUGCCACACAUUAGUCUCCCCGCUUCUGACUGGUUGUUUUAGGGUGAGCCUAGGAGCCCCCGGCCCCCUCCCCACCCCGGCCCCGACCCCGUGCUCCCAUCGUGGAGUUGCAGCUGUGUUCACCAUAACAUUUUUUGUCCGUAGUGUGUGAUGAUGAAAUUGUUAAUUGUGAAUAGAAUCAGGAUUAUAAACUAAUUUUUAAUAGAAGAGGAAGAAAAAAAAAGUAUAUGCUUAAAAAAAUGUAUUUAUGGCUCAGAUGUACUGUAAUUCAGAUUUAUUGUACCGCUUCCUUGAUUUUUAACUAUGCACUGUAAUGAGGCACUUGCCACUGAGCAAAUGGGGGGUCAGAGCAGAGUCACAGAGCCAGUGUUGGGCCGCAGAAGCACCGGCCUCCCCGGCAGUGUCCCAGGGCCCUCUGCGCGCGGGGCUCCCCCACUGCUGCCAAAGCCAUUUUCCUCACCGGGGGGCGAGCCCCCGGCACCCAGCUGCCGAGCAGGCCUGGUCAUAGGCCCGUGGGCCGCUCCUGCCGUGGCAGCCUGCAGGCGCGAGGGAAAGGGGUGGUGGAAGGAGGCAGCGUCGAACCUCUGCUGGGCGGCCUGCAGCCCUGCUGCCUGCCGGCCGCCAUCGCUGCGGCCCUGUGCCGGCAGGCCUGGGGUGCCCAUGGAGGGAGCGGGGCGUGAGGAUCCUUCUCGUCUCUGCCUGUCCUCUGGCCGGUGUCUUAUAAGCCAUACGCUCACCCAGCACCCCGUUGGCAACCUGGACCCGUGCACCCCCCCGCUGGCACGGCACACUCUCUGCUGUCACCUCUGCCCCCUCGGCCUGGCUCAUGCCCAGCAGUGUGAAGGAAGCGUCACGGCUUUGCUGUGUGUUUGCGGCUCCUGGCUGGCCUGCCGCUGCUCGUGUCAUCCCCCCCGCCUCUCGCCAGGGCCCUCAGCCCGGCAGCGCUGGAUGUAAGGCAUGCUCAAGCAGCAUCCUCGCCAAAUUUGCUUGCAAGCUUGCCCCCCGCCUCUGGGAGAGGUGGGAGGGGGAGAGCCCCUGCCCCUGGUUGGAGGAGCCCCAACCGAGAGCAGGCCAGAGGCACCAUUUCCCAGAGGGAAAGGAAAUCUUGCCGGCUCCUCAAGCCAUCUCCAUUGUCUCCAUUUACUUCCCAGACACAGAGACCACUAGGGAUUCAGCCAUCCUAUGUAGAUAGAAUAUUAUAGCCUUAACUCUGCCAAUAGAUAGAUUAGAGUCUUCUGGGGUCUCCCCUGUACAUGACUUAGGGUUUUUAUUCUCAUUUCCUCCGUGCGGACACCACUUCAUCGUGCAGGGAGUAUGACCAAAGCCUCCGAAAUUGCGUGAGGUUCAAUUCCAGGAACCCACACCCUGCCAACACGGCCCUUGGCUCCAUGGGCGCGUUUGCACCCCUGACAGCCCACACUGAUCCCUGGCAGGAGAAGGGGUGCCAGCAGCAGUACCAGCACCAUUACCCGGUUAUUUCACGCUGCUCUUGUGGAACCCGCGGUUCCGACAGCAACCGGUGAGGCAGUGGGACAGCCCCGGUGGGUUGAACGGCUGCUCCCAAAUCUGCUGCCAGUGCCAGUCGCUGUCCUUGCGCCACUUUGGUCUCAGCCCAGAGCAGCAGCAAGGGUCAUUGUCUCUCCUGCCACAGGCUCUCCCCACCUCCGCCCUGACUUAGCAUACACGAGUAACCCUGGCCGAGACUGAGCAUCUGCUAUUGGCAAUUGCCUCAUUGUAGCUUUGCCUUUUUCUGUCCUAGUAUUUCCUCACAACGAUGAUGUUUACAUGUGAUUGCUAUAGAGCUUAUGUAGAAUGUAUAUAGCGACACAUUUAGGGUGGGUAGUACUGUCCUGUGCUGUGCUGAUGUUUUUCAGAAAACGAUCAAUCAAAAAAAAAGGAAAAAAAAAAAGCCAAGUGGAAUUCUUCCAUCUCCUUGCUCAGCCGCGGUGGGACCGAGCCCCGGGCCGCUCCCAGCUGGAGGAUGCAUCAAGCGUGGUGGAGGGGAAGGGGCGAGCGCAGUGGGGGCUGCCCAGGCCGCGAGGAGCCCUCUCCCGGGGCAGCCCUCAGGCGCUUUGCCAGCGUUGGUUUCUGUGUACCCAAUCCGAAAUUGGACGUUGCUUUCCUGUGGCUUCCCGUGCCAGCCAGCAGCCCACCACCAUCGCGGAGCUCCUGCGCAGCGGGUACAGCACUCCCGAGCAGGGAGGUCUCAUAAUGCACAGAGCCAAUCAGUACUGCAGUCUUAGGAUAGGAAGAGAUGCAAUAAGUGGUCUUCGUGUUGCCUGAAGCCUAUAAACGGAUUUUUGUUCUUGUUUGGGGUUUUCCUUUUUUUUUUUUUCCCCCUCCUUUAAAUUUCGACGGCUCUUUUUCCCUCCUCCCUUGAGAAAUAUCUCCUGCACUGAUGCAAUACGCACAGAGGUGCUCGGGAUGCACCAUACAGGGCUGAGGCACCCUCCCCGUGGCCGCACGCCCCUCGCUGCAGCAGCAGCAGCAGAGCCCGGGGGGGCAUGCUGCCUGCCGCCAUGGCUCCCCCCACUUUUAAGGACCCGGCGAGUGUGGAGGGCAUAUUUCAGCUUAAAGAAGCACAGGUGUGACUGCCUGCUGGGUCCAGAAUCGCUCAUGCAGGGUUAGUGGUGAAAAGUAAGUUCCCACUUGAUUUUUAUUUUUAUUUUUUUAGUAGAAAGCUUUCAUUAGCUCGCAGUGCUCUAGGGGCAAGGGGGUCUGGGCAGGGGUGGGUGAGAGACCCCCCCUGCCCAGGGGGGGCUGGAUGCAGGGAAGGGAACCCGGCGCCCCUCGCCGCUGGGGCCCAGCCCUGCCCACGGGUAGGGGCCCCAAUCCAAGAGGAACUGGGAGCAAAAGGGUAUAUUGUGGUAGGCAAUAAGUACGAAGGAGAUUUAUUUUUUUAAAAAAAGUAUAUAACUAUAGAAUGUCCCCCGACAGUUGCCUGUAAGUACUGCGGGGAAACGCUAAAUGUGAAGAGUCUGGUGAUAAAAUGCCCAUUCGCUUUUUUUGCACAGAGUUGCCCCAUAAAAUCUCAUUGUUCACGGUGGGAUACCAGGUUUCCUGGCUGGAAUCCAGCAGACUCCUGGGGCUCCGUAGGAAAGGAGCAAAUGUUUCUGAAUGUCUGGGCUGAAUGCAGAGGACAAUCCUGGGUGUUACGUUCGAUGUUGCCCCAAAGGAAAGGUUUAUCCCGACUCCUACCCAGCGCAGCUUGCUGGGCUGCAUGUCUUCCCUGUGGAAACAGCAGCUCAGCCACCACGUUACAGUCCGAGUGUCUGGUUUCAGCACUGGUCCGUGCGAAGGAGCAUUACAGACCAGCACUUCUUUUUCUUUUUUUUUUCUUGUAUUUUUCUUUCUUUUUGGAGUUACACUGAAUACAGAGCUACGUCAUUGUUCAUAGCGAGCCCUGAGACCCUUUCUGUUCUAUCUUAGACCGUCCCCGACAAUCUGAAGCAAUAGAGAACCAAAUGCAGCCUUUGGGCCUCAUUCCUCGUCCCUCCUCAAGCCGCAGCCAGGGACAGCGCGGGCAGCGCAGGCUGGCACGGUUAGGGCAUUACUGAGCAGAGCCAAACCCAGUGCACACUGACGGGGCAGGGAGUAUGUGUAUGCAUGUGAGAGAGAGAAAGGUUAAACUGAUGCAUUUCUUGAGAAAGGUGCAAGAAUUUCACCUAAAAAGGGGCACAUCUGCUUUGUUAUUUAUAAUAAAAGCUAAACUCUCUUUUUUUUUUCUUUUUUUUUUUUUUUUGGAAUAAAAGGACACUGCUAAUAAUUACUAGGGGCCAAUUCUGCCUCCUUCCUCACGCUGAGUAAGUACUACUAAAGUCUGUGAUUUUCUACUUGCAGGGUAAGCAAAAGUGGCAGAAUUGAUCCCUCUGCGAUUAAGAAUCUAGUUUUUAGUAUUUUUUUUUUAAUUGGUAGCGGUUUUUUAUAUUUCACUUAAUUUUUUCCCCAGUUCCGUUCCAUUGUGUCCUUAUUUAUGUAAUAUACUUUAAUCUUAAAAGAUGGCAUGAAUUCUUAUGCCUUUCCUUUAUUAUUAUUGUUAUUAUUUUUAAAAAGAGAUUUAUUUCUAGUGUGAUUUAACUGUCUACCUUCUAAAACGAGAGAACGUUUUCUUGUAUUUUUACAUUGUCAGAUUCUAUAGUUUCAUAGAUAAUUUAACCAAAUCGCUCAAUGUAUUAUCUAUAUCUAUCCGGUGGGUAUAAAAGUUCUAUUUUAAAUUGUGUAAAUACUUCAGAACUGGCUUCUUUUUCCAGACUCCCCUGCCGUGGAGUUACUUGUUUACAUCACAAAGACUGUAGAAUCUCUACGCUCAUGUACUGUAAAUAGUGAAGUGAUCUGCCUAUAAAUAAACAAUAACAUAUAUACUAUAAACUGGGAGAAAAAAAAAAAAAAAAGAGCAACAAGUCUGUGCUGCUGGUGCUUCGGAUACCGGUGCAAACCCGCUCUGGAGGAGGCAUUUCGCACUGCACAAAGCGCUCGUGGCCGGCUGGCAGCGGGAUGUCGGGGUGCAGCGCGGCGCAUGGUGCACUGGCCACAGGGUCGCGGUCCCUGCGCGAGCAUUUUGCUAAGGCUGGGCGAGUGCCUCGACAGAUGCAAAGCCAAGGAGCUGAUGGAAAGCUGCGGCUGGGUGGCCGGGUUGGGGCUGGAGGAGGCCAGGGGUGGGGGAGGAGGGGGCGUGGGAAGGACCCACCCGUGGUCAGCACUUGUCCUGACCCCAGCGCUCCUGGGGACCAAGGGCUGGUGCUGUUUGUUCUGUAUUAUCUUGCAAGCAGACCUAAGGGUUGUGGGGAGCUGGUCGUGAAUACAUAGCUAAAUCCACGCCGCAGCUCUGUUAGUCCAACAAUUAGUUUCAUCCAUUUGAAAAAAAGAAACCAAAAGCCACAAUACCAGGGCAGUUCAUCCUUUGGGCAUAACUUUCUGAUGAAACAACUUCUUUUCACAAGCCUGGGCGCUGCUCUGGUUGUAGCUUGCAUGCCUGCUCACCCUGGAUAAACAGAAGCGGCCUUAUCUCCUGAACCAGGCUCAGCAUGCCUUGUGGGAGGAGAAAAGAAGUCAAGAGCUGGCUUUUGGGCGUAGGGACAACUGCUGCUGCUGCCCUUGGCUGGCCGGCAGUGUGGGCAACGAGGGCAGCGUGGCCGUGCCCCCACCUGCAGGCAGAGCUGGGCUGGGUGAGAUGACGGCUGCCCCUUGGUCCGAGAGGGAGCAUCUUCAGCAUCUUCUAAAUGCCUGACCUUCAACAGCAUCCCCCUCACGGGGGUCUGUUGGCUCAGUGCCAGCACCUGGAGGAUACCCGUGUGACGGAGCAAACGCGUGGUUUGAAGCUGGUUGGUCUCGGAAGUGCCAAGGGCAAGGGACACGCGAAUGCAGGGACUGGGAGCCAGGUGCUGACACCCGAAGCGGAGGAGUGCAGGGAUUGCCGUUAGCGGGAAAGCAGCAGCUCAGUGAGAAGAGCAGAGAGCAGCCCCUUCAGCCACCCAGGAUGAAGGUGGGGAGGGAACAAACAUUGCUGGAGGCUUCACAGAGCUGCCACGCUGCUGGGUAAGCAGGGCAGCUCCGCCGUGCUGCCCUGUGCCAGCAGCCUCUGCCUCGGGCUGAGCUGUGCAGGUACAACUGCCCCCUGGUCUCAAAGCACUGGGCCUGGGGUGCUGGGAAACACCACCGCUGCUGCCUGGGAUUCAUUUCACUGUCUGACCAGCUGUCCUGGACUGCCCUUUUAGUGUCGGCAUCCAUCCGUGCCUCAGGCAGCAGCAUCUGGUGCCUGACGUGCCCUGGGCUCUGCGGGGCUGGCUGUGCUGGGACGGGGCUGUCCCUGCCGCGGAGCCUAGCGCGAGGCUGCCACCGUCUCAGAGCUCCCCGCUCUCCGGCGGGGAAUUCAGCGCCAGCACCGCCCGAGGUCCUGGGCAGGAGCUCUGGAGGCUUCACGUAAAGUAACGUGCAUUUGCGCACUCCCAGCAUUUCUCCAUCCCAGCUCGCUGGCCAGGUCUGGCAGGUGCCUUUGCAGGGAGGAGUGGGGAAAGGUUUGGUGUCUGCCUCCUGCCAGCUCGAGGACGUCUGCCCGCUCGCCCAGGAGCACCGACCUCUCUGCCUGCAGCAGCUGCCUGGCUCACCUGCAGGCACUUCCUCCCAGCUUGCUGUUGCUCUCCCUGCCCAGCUUUGCUCUCUCCACCCAGCUCCUGCCUUCUGUGCUCACUGUGCAUCUUUAGGGGCUGGUGCAGAGCUUACUUUAGGUGUUGCCAGUUUUGGGUCCUACAAUCUCUGUUCCCUCUUUCUCUCCUCAUCAGUCCUUGGCUGGAUACAUUUUAUUUUUCCAUACAUGGUCUGUACCUCCAAGUACCUCUUCAGACUUGGAUCUCUUGUGUCUCUCAGCAGCCUCCAGCAGGUAAGAAGACGCCAUUCCCCAACAGAUCUCCCUCCUCAAAUCCCCACUCCGCUGCCGAGCCAGAGCGAGGGUGUCUUGCUCCCUUCAUCUGCAGGCUCUGGCUGCCUGCGUUGCACAGGGGGCUGCACUUGGCAUGGGCUGAGCAGCCCUUGGCAAGCUUUGCAGCAGGAGCAGACCUGCCCCAGGCAAGCCACAAUGGCUGUGCAGCGGCUGCA